AUGAAAAUAAAAGUGCCCGAUGUCAAUCGAUGUUUUUGUUGUUUGCCUCUACGACCUGGCAUCAUAUUAUUUGCCUAUUUAAAUAUUAUAUUCUCGGUACUCUCAGUGACAUGUUUGGUCAUCACCACGGAAAUUCAAAAGGCUUCUUUAACGAACGACAUCUCAAUCGAUGUCAUGGUGUCUACUGUUCUAUUUAGCAUUCUCGGUAUGGGGAUCAUUCUAAACUUCUUACUUCUAAUCGCUGGAUACCAGAAAGAUAUUUCGAUGUUGCGUUUAUAUAACUACUACGCGCUGGCCACAACGUUAGCAGCUCUAGUGACAACCAGCUUCCUGUUAUCUAGGAAAAUGUUCGUGGAAGUGUUCAUUGCUUUGUUUGUUAUAGCAAUACAGUGUUACGUCAUCGUGCUCGUACGAAGCGAAGUGGUAAAACUAGAAGAGAGUGAUUUGACGACGACCGAAUUUACACAUUCCGGUUUUGAAGAACGUAUUGAUGUUUCAGAUCAAGUAACAUUAGUAUAA